CCGGCGGGCGAACCACAGAGGCGGCAUCUGAUUUUGACCGGAGACGCCCGGCCCAUCCGUCACGCGGCCGCCCCGUACCGAACCCCCGCAGAAAUCUGACGGCGACCGCGCCGCCCGCCUAUAUCUACCCGCGGGGGGAGGGGGCACGCAGCGGCACCGGCCACGAGCGAGCGAGCGAACCAAGUCGCCGACCUAGCUUUACUCCUCCUCCUCACCCUCCUUUCUCCCUUUUUUCUUUAGCUUUUACUCCUCCUCCGCCUCCUUGGCCUCCGCUCCUCUCCCCGCCCACGCCUCCUCCCAAAUCCUCCUCGCCUCCGCCGCUUCCGUUCGGAGUCCAGCCGGAGAUACGCGGAGAAGCAGAUCGCGGAGCAUCGCGUCUGAUGGCGUCCCCGGCGCGGCCAGCCUCCGUCUCCGGCCCCUUCGGCCUGUCCCCCGACCUCGCCCGCUGCUCCUUCGACCACACGCUCCGCCGAGAGGAUUUUCAGGACAACAGACUGCUGAGGUCAUUGGUUAGCAUGCGUGAACAAGAAAACCAUUCCAAAGAAAUUAUAACGGAAGCUAUCGAGAGCUGCAUGAACAAACAAGCAGAAAAUCUGGUGAAUUCACUGGAUGUCAUCAGUGGAAGGCUGUCGCAGUUGGAGUUAUACUGCUAUAAGCUUGAAAGGUCCAUUGGAGAACUGCGAAGCGAUGUAAUGGAUUACCACAGCGAAGCAAAUCUAAACUUCCGUGGCCUUGACAAGAACGUCAAAGAGGUUCAGAAAUGUGUACAAGUUCUGCAGGAUAAGCAAGAGCUUGCUGAAACUCAGAACGAGCUAGCUAAACUUCAGAUUGUAUAUGAAGAUCCUGCACAAAAGAGUGAAGGUACUGCCCCAUCAGUUUUCAUGGCCAGGGAAAAUGAUGGCAGUUUCCCAGGUGCAAAGCAUGAGCUUGCCCUUGUCCCGCUGCACCAAGUAAAUCAGUCUCCUGCUAUGCAAUUCCAAAGUUGCAACGGGCUUAUUCUACAGCAACUUGUGCCUGUCUCUUUGAGCACCCAACAAGACCAGCAACACUUGAACCAGUCUACUGUUUACCGCGCGCAAAAUCAAUGCCAACCUGAGCGCAGGCAGGCCCAAACAUUUCAACCUGCACCGCAGUCUAUGCAACCGCAGGCCCAGAACCCCCAGCCACAGACUGUAGUUGAGGUACCUCCGAUAACUAGUCAGGCACCAGAGUUCUACAUCCAAGCUCAGCACCAUUGGCAACAUCAAACAGUCCAGGAUGUUCACUCACAAGCAAGGCAACAACAACCACAGCCACAGGUGGCACAACAGCAGCAGUACCACAACAUGCAGCAAGUCCCAGCUCAGAUGGUUCAACUGCAAACAUCUUCUCCGCAGGCCCAAAGUGCACCUCAUGUCGCCCUGUUCUAUCCUCCUUACGGAUCCCAACAGCCCGCAUGUGGUAACACCGAGGCACUUUCUAGAGGCAUGGUUGUGCAGCCUGCCUAUUCUACGAUCUCUUCUUCCCAGCGAAAGCACCAUGAAGCUGCUCCUGUUUACGUGCAAAGCAGCGCCAUUGCUGUUCCUAUUGCAGAACAUCACAUCCAGCACCAGCAGACCCAGCAGUUCCAUUCGCCUGGCAAUGGCUCAUUUGCACCUCAGCAAUGCAAGGUUGGUCCCUAUUCAGUCCAGGGUGGUGCCCAGGCCUACAACACCGUAUAUGGGAGCCCUCCCAACAGUGCUGCCACUUUUGUUGCUGUCCUUCCUCAGCAAGCACAGCAGGCCAGUGCUCCGAUGAUGCUCCAUCAUCUAGGACCCCAGCCCGUGCAGAAUCACCCUGCAGACAUGGCUGACAAGGCUGCUCGAAUGGGUUACUUGAACGAUCAUGCUGAGAACAUGCCGCGCCGAAUGGUGGCUGCAGGCCAGCCUGUAGAGUACAACACCUUCCAUGAUGGGCUGAGCUCUGUUGGCAAUGCGGCUUGGUCUGGCUAGUCGACGAUGGAGAAGUCGCAUGUGAAGCACUCCAUCUGCUCCUGCGACUUUCUCAUGUGAUAUACCGUGUGGCGAUCUUAUUGUGAUGGGAAGCUCAUUUUUGAACUUCCCUCCGGUAUUUGCUCUGGCAUCUUUUAUCAGCCGGCAGAUUGGUACUACGUAUCCUCCAGCCUACUUUUUUCAGCUGGAUGAUGAUCGUGAUGAAAUAAGACUGUAGGUUAGUCGAGUGAUGAUGAUUGUCGGCAUUUGUCCCAUUUUUAAUGGACGCGUAUGCUUGCUUGUAACCUUGUUGUGGACUUGCAUUUGCAUGUUUGCGAUCGAUAUGAAAAUAUGAGAAAUUUGUUGGUUUCA